AUGGAGCGUGUGAACAAAAUCUAUCACUCAUCGAGAAAUUUUAUGUUCAAAUAUAUCAUCGCGCUACUAUGGACGGGAUUCAAUUUUGUCGUAUUCUGUAAGGCGUUCAGCAACUAUCAUCACGACGUGGAGUACUACUAUCUUAGUCGAAUUCUUGGGAAUGGAUUGUGCGUAUCACGUGGAACAGCACCCGUACUUAACGUGACUAUGGCCCUGGUAACAUUGCCCACUUGCAAGACGUUUAAUUUACUCCUCCACAAACUGUUCGGACGAUGGUCUACGCGUUUACUGGUUCAUUAUCUGGAAAAGACAAAGGUUCUACAUUUGAUAUUGGGUUACAGCUUGUUAAUAGUUGCGAUUGUACACAGUGUGGCACAUUUCGUGAACAUCGUUAACUUUGUGGACAACUAUGACGAACGCUACCGGGAAAUCAACUGGGCGAAUGGGCCAGAUGACAACAUUCUGCGGCUGCUGUUCGCUACUCCUACCGGGUUUUCGGGCUGCAUCAUGCUGGUAACGCUGGUAGCAAUGGCUUACCUAGCACGACGCUCGGUGCGCGAUCGGUUUUACAACAGCUUCUUUACCUCGCAUCAUCUGUUCCUUGUAUUUUAUGGGAUGAUGUUUUAUCAUCCGCUAAGCAACAUCAUCAAACAUCAGACCAACACCGAUAGGCAUAAGAUGAUGUGCGAUCUUGUCGAUAACAUAACGCUGCACAGCAACGAGGACUUGCUGGCACUGUGCGAAGAACCUCCACAGUUUGCUGCCGAUGUGAAGCGAGCGUGGAUAUGGCCACUGGCAGGAUUACUGAUCUACCUGGUGGAUAUCUCUUUCCGGUAUCUAAGUACCCACUCGGAGCGCUACCGUGUAGCGACUGUCCAGACGUAUGCAAUGACGGGACAUGCGGUACAUCUACGGUUACAGUUUUGUCGAAAGUCCCGACCCAAGAUCCUGCCCGGACAGUACGUGCUGUUGCAGUGUCCUGCCAUUUCGACACUUGAGUGGCAUCCUUUCACGAUAACGGAGCUGCCUGCCGAAGGUCGGAACGAUAUUGCCCUCACGAUCAAGGUGCGUGGUGACUGGACCGAGGAGCUGUACGGACGCAUUGUACAGCGCGAACAAUGCAAGCGAAAUCUGGGUGGUGUUGAUCCGUAUCGGCGAAUAGAAUUCCUGCUAGAUGGACCGUACCCUUCGGUCAUGAGCAAUAUGCUUGACUGCAAGAGAAUUCUUUUCAUCGGUGCUGGCGUUGGCAUUACACCGUUCGUUACCAUUAUGCGGCUGCUAUUCAAUACAAAUGUUGACCAACCUGCUCGAGUUCAUCUCGUUUGGAUUGCACGCAGUUUGGAACCGUUUCUAUGGUUUGCGGAUGAGAUUGCCCGUUUGCAAGAGAAGUUCUGGAGCCAAAACAAACCGGAUCGCUUUUGGGUGAAGCUGUACUGGACGCAAAACUACGAUGAACAUCUGCUGGCGGAAUGUUUUGGCGACAUGCCAUCGAUCAAGUCACGGAUGCACCGGGGACGGCCGAACUGGAGCGAAGUCUUCAUCGAUCUGGUUACACUUUAUCCGAAAAAAUCGGUAUCCGUUUUUAGCUGCGGCCCGAAGGAGCUGACGAAAGAGAUUCGACUGAAGUGCAAGGAGUACAGCAAACAUGGCUGCAAGUUAAGCUAUUUUCACGAAGGAUUCGGAUAG